AUGUUAGUAAUGUUGUGUUGAUGUGGCUCAGAGUGUAUCGCUGAAGUUUCUGACCGUUUCUGCUAACGUUAGCUGCAUACAGAAGAAAUGGACAACUCCGGUAAAGAAAAAGAGGCCAUGGCUCUCAUGGCAGAAGCCGAGAAGAAAGUAAAAUCCUCUCAGUCUUUCUUUGGCUCGUUGUUUGGGGGCUCAUCAAAGAUGGAAGAUGCCUGUGAAAUGUACGGAAGAGCAGCUAACAUGUUCAAGAUGGCAAAAAAUUGGAGUGCUGCAGGAAAUGCCUUCUCCCAGGCUGCUCUCCUACACCUGCAGAUCCAGAGCAAACAUGAUGCAGCAACCAACUUCAUUGAUGCUGGCAAUGCAUUUAAAAAAGCCGACCCUCAAGAGGCUAUUAACUGCUUGAAUAGGGCCAUCGAAAUUUACACAGAUAUGGGUCGCUUUACGAUUGCAGCGAAGCAUCACAUCACCAUUGCCGAGAUAUAUGAAACUGAAUUAGUUGACAUUGACAAGGCCAUUGCUCACUAUGAGCAGGCAGCUGAUUAUUACAAAGGAGAAGAGUCCACCAGCUCAGCCAACAAGUGUCUGCUGAAAGUUGCCUCCUAUGCUGCUCAGCUGGAGCAGUACCCGAAAGCAAUAGAGAUAUAUGAACAGGUUGGAACACAUGCAAUGGACAGCACUCUAUUGAAAUACAGUGCUAAAGAUUAUUUCUUCAAGGCAGCUCUCUGCCAUUUCUGUAUUGAUAUGCUUAAUGCCAAGCUUGCACUACAGAAAUAUGAAGAAAUGUUUCCAGCCUUUUCAGACUCACGUGAAUGCAAAUUGGUCAAGAAACUUUUAGAUGCCUAUGAGGAACAGAAUGUUGAUGCCUAUACUGACUCAGUGAAAGAAUAUGACACAAUUUCACGACUGGAUCAGUGGCUCACCACCAUGUUGCUUCGUAUCAAGAAAACUAUACAGGAUAAUGAGAGUGACCUUCGUUAACAGUUUUCCUUCAACUCCUUGCCUUCUCACCAGCGCUUUCCCCUCCCCUUACCUCUUAUUCUUUGGCCUUCCAUAGUUUUACUUUCAUGACUCUUAUGGUUGGCUCGUUCUCCUCUUUUGCCUUGUUAUUCCCUUAUCAGCAGCUCAGUGACUUUUGGCCUAUGUACUUUUUCACAGUCCAAGUUGCCUCUGUCUUAACUUUAAUCAGGCAUGGAUAUAGGCCUAUGUUCACACUUUAAAGAACACUAAGAAAUGAGUGGCCUAUUAUUUAUAUAAGAGCAAAGGAAGAGUGCCUUAAAACUGGAUACAGUUGCAGUAUGAUGUGGAGUGCUGUGCACACCUUGCUUAAAGAAAGUAAAUGCUGUAGUUUCAUGCUUUCUGUUGAGCAUGUUCAUUACUAUGCACAAAAAGGCUUUUUGUUUAUUCUAGUAUAGCUUUUUCCAUAGUGUUAAAUUCUCAGCAAUAUGAAAGGCAUUUUUAUCAGAUAUACCAUUAUAAAUUCUAAUAGUAAUAGCUUUGUUUCUGCAGACUUGUCGUUUGCCAUUUCCCUGUUUAUGUAACCUUUAGGUGAUCCAAUGACAUUCUAUUUCUUUUCUGUUUGUUCAUUUUAUAGACCUUAAUGUUAUAAGUACUUCUGCAAACAGUUUUCAGAAAUCAGUGGAAGUAAUUAAAUAAAUGAAAUGCACACAUUUUGUAAAAUUGAUACACCUAAUGCUUAAUACAUUUAAAACUUACAGGUUGCAUAUUCUACUUCAUGACAUGGGAUAUUAAUGUGAUGAAACGUGUAAAGGUCUGUUUCGUGGGCAGGUAGAAUUGCCUGGAGUUUCAGAGUAAGAGGUGGCAUUCCUUGCACUACAGUAGUGGGUCAGGCCAGUCGACCUAAAACAUAGCCAUAAAAUCCCACCACAUCCAGCUUUUUGAUGUUAGUACUAAGCAAAUGUUCAACUUUUCAGUUGAUUUGGUUAUAAAGUGUGUGAUUACUGCUCCA